AUGAUUUCAGGUGUCAUUGGCAAGGAAAAUUAUAAUUCAUUGACCAUAGACUCCGACAAGACUGACGAGGCGGAACUGCAGACUGCCGUAAACAACGCUACGGCGCUGUUACACGAAUACGACACCAGCGUGGUGGAGUAUACUAGCUUCGCUGAUACCAAAACCAUUCCUGGGCACUAUGUCAUUUACUGGGAAUUGCUGAUGAAGGAUCCUGCGAAUCCUCCGUCCGAUGAUGUUCUGAACAAAUGCUGCUUAGUCAUGGAGGAGUCCAUGAACUCCGUUUAUCGCCAGUGCCGUGUGGCGGAUAAUUCAAUCGGGCCACUCGAAAUAAGGGUGGUGAAAUCCGGCACUUUUGAAGAGGUUAUGGAUCUGGCCAUUUCCAGGGGAGCUUCUAUUAACCAAUACAAAGCUCCUAGGUGCGUUAACUAUACCCCUAUAGUCGAACUUCUCGACUCUAGGACGGUGUCUGCUCACUUUAGCCCCGCCGCCCCUCAUUGGACGCCGGCACGAGGGCGCUGAACAAUUUGGUCAGCCCUGAACCGGGCUGCCGACCAAACAUGCUGCUACUAUUUGGACAACAUUAUGGUGUCUCCAUUUAAUUGGUUGUUUAUAUUUCUGUAGAAAGUGCUGGCAUGAGUAGAUCAAUUUUCAGUGUACUAAGUCAAAAUAAGCUUCUGUAACUUUGUGUAUGUCGUUGUCUGUGGUUAUUUUUAUGAAUAAAUUAAAAAA